GGGGAUUAGGCCAGGAGAGAGAGAGAGAGAAGGACAGAGAAAGAGAACGGAGGAGGACAAGCUGCAGCAGCACUGGGGGAAGCCGGGAGGAGGGUGGGGGGAAGCAGGCGGCUGUCAAGGAGGGCCACACCGGGAGAGAAGGCAGGACAGCAGGCUACAGCAAGAGACAGGCAGCUGUGGUGUACAGACCCUGUGAUGUGACGGUUGACUGCUUCUGACACUGCACUAACACCAUGGAAGAGGCUGAGAGCCAGGCUGUGCCACUCACCUCAAGCCCUAGAGAUGACACCACCAAAUUUGAGACUGGCUCUGAGAGUCGGCAGGACGCUAUGCAACUCAAAAAAGAGAUCUCGCUGCUCAAUGGAGUUUGUCUCAUUGUGGGCAACAUGAUUGGCUCAGGGAUCUUCGUGUCUCCUAAGGGUGUUCUUAUUUACUCAGCCUCUUAUGGGUUAUCUCUGGUCCUGUGGACAAUAGGUGGAAUUUUCUCAGUGAUCGGCGCACUAUGCUACGCAGAACUUGGAACUACAAUUACCAAAUCGGGAGCAAGCUAUGCAUACAUCCUGGAGGCUUUUGGAGGUUUUGUUGCCUUCAUCAGGCUCUGGACUUCCCUACUUAUCAUUGAACCCACCAGCCAAGCAGUCAUUGCCAUCACGUUUGCCAACUACCUGGUACAACCAGUCUUCCCAAGUUGUGAACCUCCUUAUGUGGCAUCCCGACUGAUUGCUGCUGCUUGUGUGUGUCUCAUCACCUUUAUAAACUGCGCCUAUGUGAAAUGGGGGACGCGGGUUCAGGAUCUCUUCACUUACGCCAAAGUCAUUGCACUAAUUGCUAUAAUUAUAACUGGUAUUGUUAAAUUAUGCCAAGGACAAACUCAGCACUUUGAUGAUUCGUUUGCUGGGUCUUCCUGGGAUGCUGGUGACAUCUCAUUAGCUCUGUAUUCGGCCCUCUUCUCCUACUCCGGCUGGGACACACUCAAUUAUGUGACAGAAGAAAUUAAGAACCCAGAGAGGAACUUGCCAUUGUCCAUUGGGAUUUCCAUGCCCAUUGUCACCAUCAUAUAUAUUUUAACCAAUGUGGCUUAUUACACAGUGCUGGAUUUCAAUGCGGUUGUUGCCAGUGAUGCAGUGGCUGUGACAUUUGCUGAUAUGGUAUAUGGUGUAUUUAGCUGGACAAUUCCUUUCGCUGUGGCCCUCUCCUGUUUUGGUGGCCUUAACUCCUCUAUCCUCGCUGCCUCCAGGCUGUUCUUUGUUGGAGCGAGGGAAGGACAUCUCCCAGAUAUGUUAUGUUUAAUACACAUGGAGAGGUUCACACCAGUGUCUGCUCUGCUAUUCAAUUGUGCUGCUACCCUUGUCUACCUGUCUGUGAAAGAUGUUUUCCAGCUCAUAAAUUAUUACAGCUUCAGUUACUGGUUCUUUGUUGGAUUAUCCAUUGCUGGACAGAUUUACUUACGCUGGAAGGAGCCUGACAGGCCGAGACCUGUGAAGCUCAGCCUGUUUUAUCCCAUUGUGUUUUGCCUGUGUACAUUGUUCCUGGUCUUCAUCCCAUUGUACAGUGACACUGUGAACUCUCUCAUUGGAAUCGGCAUUGCUCUUUCUGGUGUCCCUAUUUAUUUUAUGGGAGUCUAUCUUCCAGAGUCCAAAAGGCCACCUUGCAUUGGCAAACUAUUAGCUUUUCUCACAAGAUGGACCCAGUUGAUCUUCAAUUGUGUCUUGACUGAGAUGGAUCCCACUGAUGAGAAACAAAUUGUGGAAAAAUUGAAAUAAACACUUGAAUCUGGGUAUUAAAGAAGAAAAAUUGAUAUUUUGAGGACAUUUCUUGAAGGUGCUAGGAAAAAAAUGUAUUCUCUGCAGUUACCACAGAAAAGUAGGAACAGCUACAGUGGAAAUGAACAAUGGCUGUUGCCCAUAAAUGAUUCAGUGCAAUAGAGAUGGUCAAAGUACACUGUGCCAUCUCCAAAGAUGACAGCGUUCCAAAUAACUUUAGGAGUGUCAGGUAAUUUACACUGAUGUGUAAAAUCUCUCCAAAAAUUUACCUAGGAAGAAACAAAGCUUGAAAUUUUGACUGGUUAUGACUUUUUUUUUUUACCUCAAACUUUGACGCUAAUCCAGGUUAGCUAAAUGCUAUCAUUUCUGAGUACUGUUACCCUUGCAUGUCCAGGUUUGUUUGUGAAGUAUAGGAAAAACAAGUGCUAAAUCUUGUUUUUGUUCUGGAAGAAAAAAGAAAAGUUUUUGCACUCCAUAGCUGUAGGUUUUGUGAAAUUUCAUUUUUUUUUUUCUAAAUUAAGCUAUUAUUUGUAAAUUUUCAAAAUACUUCACAAUGGGUUUGCUGCUCUCUCAAUUUAAGUAGUAGUUGGAUGCAAAGUGCCUACAAAAAUAAAAUACACUCCAGGAUCCACAGCUUAAGGAGCAAUACCUUGGUUUGUACGGUUUCAAAAAGCAAUGUGCCUACAUUCCCCACACUUCUUUAUUUAACUGCAAAGUGGGUUAACAGCAGCCAUUUUGUACUAAUAGUCACAAAAAGCCACACUGAUGUCACUAAUAAGCUGCAGUCUCAUAGUAUUGAUUAGGUUACAAAAUGUCUGCCUGCACUGUGUGGAUAAGAGACACACUUGAGAUGCAAUUAAUGACAGGCUUCUUUAAUGCUGGCAAUGUACUAUACAAUUAUUUGGCCAAUCCACCAGAUGUCUGAACACACAGAUAAAUGUACCAUGUAUUUGCGUGACCGAUCAAAAAAUAUCAUAUGAAUAUACCAGAUUGGCCGUACGAUGCAAUAUUUUGAAUUGUCAAGUUGGCGGCAUUGGCCAGUCUAUUUACUGCUUUGGCUGACCAAAGGACAUUUUUCCAUGUUUCUUUAUAGCUGAAGAACAGGGAAAAAGGCUCUUGCCUAUGGGAGGAACCCAGAAAUCCUGUGGCCAAACACACUGUGAGAGGGGUGUAGUAUGAGUGGCCGGUGGUCGGGAUCCUGGCACCCAGGAUAGCAUGCCGGCAGCUGGGCGAGCGCAAAUGACCCCCUUGUGGGCUCGCCACACUAUUUAUUCUCCCUCCAGGGGGGUCGUGGACCCCCAAGAGGGAGAAUAGUUGUCAGUAUGCUGGGUGGCGGGAUUCCAGCGCCGGUAUACUGAGCACUGGGAUGCCAACAGCCGGCAUACUGAAUACCACCCCUGUGAGAGGUCUCCCAUGAUAUUUGAGGGGUGUGAGAUAAAAUAUCUGUCUCUUUAUCUGACCGUGUAUGUCUAGGUUAAGUAUUGUAAGAUAUCUCAAGUACAGUUAUGCAGAGAGAUGCAUAUAAAAGUGUUCAUCCCAUUUUUCAUUUCUGUUUAAUUUCUCAUCUCUGUUGAGUCGUUAAUGUUUUAUUUCAAGCGCUGUUUUACAUGUGCAAUAUUUUUCCAUUCAGAAACUUCAGGACAACACUGGCACUGCCUAGAUUGUAAAAAUUAUAAUAAAGGUGAAUUUGUCAUUA